AUGCUCUACGACGACAGCCUUCCUGAGGAUCUCGAUGCGGCAUGUUCUGCAGCCCUCAUGGCUGAUGUCGCUUGCGACCCUCUCGUGCCAGCCCUCCGCCAUGACUUCUUCUACCCUCCUGCCACGCUGACUCGCAUGUGUACUGCUGGGUGCACUUCUGCGCUCCAGUCAUGGGAAAGCUCAGUUCGGUCCACCUGUGGUAAAGACCUUGUCAUUUCCGAUCUUGACGCAUCACCUAUCAUGUUGCCGGCCAGCCGCCGGUACAUCUUUGAUUUCACAUGUCUCAAGGAAAACAAUGCCUUCUGUGGCCCGGUUGCGGCCUUGGCCACUUUCUUCGCGAAUCCUGGAGUAUCCGCCUUCAAUUAUAUUAAUGAACUUCCCCAGGGCGCCACUCAGCCCAAGGAUUGUGACCCGUGUCUCGCAGCCAGGCUGCGCAUGCGCUCUGGGUCGCCCUACUUUGACGGUCCCGUCGUGGCCAGCGAGUCCAUGUACCAAACCCUGACGUCCAGCUGCGGCAUCACGGGUAAGCCUGCUACCACGUCUACCAUUGACUAUUUCACCGGCCAGCCGGAACCCACCGAGUCUGUCUGCGAUGGCGACAUGUACCAAAUCCAGGGAAGUGAUGACUGCUACAGCAUCUCCAAGGCCCAGAGUGUCGGUACUGCCUGGAUGCUGUCCGAAAACCAUCUCGCUGCUUAUUGUUACGAAUUCCCAACUUCGGGAAGUCUCUGCAUCACCAACACGUGCAAGACUGUUACAGUGGAAGUCAAUACGACGUGCAAAGCCAUAGCUGCAGCUGCGAAAAUUACAGAGCCACAGCUGCUGGCUUGGAAUCCUGUCAUCAACCCGGUCUGUUCUAAUCUCGACAUGAUGAACGGCACUACGCUCUGUAUCGAACCACCCGGGCCCAAGCUGCCACCCGCCCAGACGACGAAUGUUCCUCCGGUGACGCCUACCUCCGCUGCUCCAAUUCCUUCCAAUACCGCCAUUGGAUCUAACAAGCCAUGCGGCCGCUGGUACGAGGUCGAAGCUGGUGACUACUGCAACUUGGUGACUCUCAAGUUUGCCAUCUCUCUUAACGACUUCAUGUUCCUCAACACAGGCAUCAACUCCAACUGCACCAACCUCUUCGCUCAUGAGAGCUACUGCAUCCAGGCGGUUGGAGACAUUAACAGCUAUCCUGGCCGUCCCGGAUAUGUCUCCAUCACCUUCGACCCCAGCGCGUCCUUCACCGGCGUUCCUUUCACUAUGCUACCCAACGCCACCAUGACCCUAGAUCCACGACCGACCCAGAUCCCACUGGCCACCGGCGUCCGCGAUGACUGCGCUUUCUACUUCAAGGGCGAUGAGUACCAGUACUCAUCUGACGUGUUCGGCUACUGGAAUAGCAACUGCGAAAUUGCAGCAUCCAACUUCAACGUCGAUUUUGACAGCUUCGCGGCCUGGAACUCGCUCACAACAAACGUCACUGAUCCAGCAUGCGCAUUCCAGGUUGGCCUACGGUACUGUGGCUCCUGGGGUCCGGAACCCACGCGAUCCACCACCACAGCGCCCGAGCCCACGGGUACUGGGCCCCAGCCCCCAGCUCCCACACACGAGGGCCAGCCGACAGAUUGUGACGGCUGGCAUGUCGUAUCUGGCAGUGACUCGUGCCAGUCCGUCGCUGAUAGUGCCGGAAUCUCUCUUGCAACAUUCCUUGAAUGGAACCCUGCCGUCAGUACUGACUGUACCGCGAACUUUUGGCUCGGACAAGCGUACUGUACUCACAGACAGGGCCAGGGAGUUAGCAUCACAAGCUCUGCAUCGAGUACAACGUCAACAACAGCCAAGCCUACUCCUCCGGCUCCCACACACACUGGCCAACCUGCCGACUGCAACAAGUGGGAUGUCGUUGCAGAAGGCGAUAGCUGUGGCUCCCUCGCCAGUGACAACGGCAUUUCAGUCGACCAGUUCUUCGCCUGGAACCCUGCCGUUUCCAAGGACUGUAUCACCAACUUCUGGCUUGGCCAAGCCUACUGCGUCGGUCGAUCCAGCGUUGGCGGUAGUACCCCUACCAAGACGACGUCGCCAACAUCGACAGCGAAGCCGACACCGCCCGCGCCAACACAUACCGGCCAGCCGGCUAACUGCAAUAAGUGGGAUGUUGUGCAGACCGGUGAUGGAUGUGCGUCCAUGGCGAGUGAUAAUGGCAUCACGGUCGAUCAGUUUUUUAGCUGGAACCCUGCUGUUUCGAGGGAUUGCGUGACGAACUUCUGGCUUGGGCAGGCGUACUGUGUUGGUAUUUCUGCCUAG